AUGAAGUGGCUGCUCGCCAGCGGGUUGAUCUCGCUUUUUGCGACAACCGCGACAAGUUGGCCUUACGAUACGGAUUUCCUCCAAUACAACCUGAACGAAAAUAAGACUGCUACAGAUCCAGCACACUACUGGGGAGAAUGGCCAGAUCACACAUACCACCCUUCUCCAAAGAACUGGCGUUUCCCGUUCUACACUCUUUUCAUGGAUCGUUUCGUCAACGGUGACCCCACCAAUGACAACAUCAACGGAACUCAGUUCGAGCACGAUCUUGACUCGACUCAAAUGCGCCAUGGUGGCGAUGUGGCUGGCCUCAUCGAUACCCUGGAUUAUCUUCAAGGAAUGGGUAUUAAGGGUCUGUAUCUCGCUGGUACUUCUCUGCUGAAUCAACCGUGGGGUUCCGACGGUUAUUCGGUGAUGGACACUACUUUGUUGGAUUUCCACUACGGCACACUCGAGACCUGGCGCACUGCUAUCACGGAAAUCCACAAGCGUGGAAUGUACGUGUUGUUCGACAAUACCAUUGCAACAAUGGGUGAUUUGAUCGGAUUUGAAGGCCAUCUCAACACCUCCACUCCCUUCUCCGAGAAGGAAUGGAAGACCCAAUGGAAGACAAGCCGCCGCUACGUGGACUUCGAUAUCGGCAACGGAGAUUACAACGCUACUUGUGACUACCCCCGAUUCUGGUACGAGGACGGAUACCCUGUCAACCAGACUCAGACCGCGGGAUUGGUUGGUUGUUUCGACAGUGAUUUCGAUCAGUACGGUGACAUCGAGGCUUUCGGUGUUUGGCCUGAUUGGAAGCGUCAACUGGCCAAGUUCGCCUCCGUGCAAGAUCGUCUUCGAGAAUGGCACCCCACAGUCCGCGAGAGGUUGAUUCGACACUCUUGUAUGAUCAUCUCAUCUCUGGAUAUUGACGGUUUCCGUUACGAUAAGGCCACUCAGGCUACUGUUGAUGCUCUCGGUGACAUGUCCGCUGCUUACCGCGAGUGUGCCCGGGCUGUCGGUAAAGAAAACUUCUUUAUCGCCGGUGAAAUUACUGGUGGUAACGAGUUCGGUACCGUUUACCUCGGCAGAGGCCGACAGCCUAACCAGUGGCCCGACUCGGCUGUUGCGACGAUGAAGUUGACCAACGAGUCGUCCGCUCAGUACUUCCUCCGGGAAGUAGGAAAUGAAGCGAUUGAUGGUGCGGCUUUCCACUACACGACGUACCGUGCCCUGACCCGUUUCCUUGGUAUGGAUGGACAGCUUUCUGCUGGUUAUGAUGCCCCUGAUGACUGGGUUGAGGGAUGGAACUACAUGGCGAGAUCGAACGACUUGAUCAACGCUAACACUGGAAAAUUCGAUCCUCGACACAUGUACGGCGCCACUAACCAGGAUGUUUUCCGUUGGCCAGCCAUUGCCAACGGUACCCACAGACAGCUUCUGGGCUCCUUCAUCACGACACUGAUGCUUCCUGGAAUCCCACUGCUGCUCUGGGGUGAGGAACAGAACUUCUACAUCCUGGAUGGCACCGCGUCCAACUAUAUUUACGGACGUCAGGCUAUGUCCCCCGCCACUGCGUGGAGAACCCACGGUUGCUUCAACUUGGACUCUUCGCAGUACUACAAGUGGCCCGUUACAGCUGCCCGCCAGGGUUGCCAUGACCUGAGCGUUGCGUACGACCACCGCGAUCCUUCCCACCCUCUGCGCAACAUCAUGAAGCACAUGUACCAAAUGCGUGAACAGUACCCCGUUCUUAACGAUGGCUACGCUCUCAACAACCUGUCCAGGCAGACGGAUGAUGUGAAGUACCCUGGUUCCAACGGAACUGUCACCGUCACCGGAAUGUGGUCUGUCUCCAGGGACGUGAACACUGAGGUGCAGGAUCUCGGAUCUGACAGCAACAACCAGCCGGUGUGGUUUGUUUACUCUAACUUGAACGAUACAAAAACCUGGAAGUUCAAUUGUUCCAGCACCGUCUUUAACGAGACCCUGACCGCACCCUUCGAUUCCAAGACCACUGUCAAGAAUCUCUUCGCCCCCUUCGACGAGAUCACUCUGGAGACUGGUGCACGCAAGCUCGGUUACAAUGGAUCCACCGAGUACAAUGGCUGUGUUUCUGAAAUGAAGUUGAAGGCAUAUGAAUUCCGUGCUUACGUCCCGAAGAGCAAGCACAAGAUGCCCGGGCCUAUGGUCACCAAGUUCAAUCCAGGCCAUGACUAUCCGCAAUUGUCCCAGGUGGGACCACGUGACGCGGAAGAUGUUGCUAUUGAGCUCUAUUUCUCCCAGGAAAUGGAUUGCGACAGGAUCACAAAGAAUCUCACUUUCACGUCAUCCACCGAGAGUGGCAAUGUUCCAACCAUCAAGGGGAGCACCGUUAAUUGUACCACUCUUAAGACUGAUAUGCCACUUCAAACCAACUGGACCAGUGAGAUCCCGACUAAAUUCAUCUAUGCGGCGAAUCUUACCGGAGUUUACAACGGUAUCCACCGAUUGACUCUCAACAACGUUUCCAACGCCGACGGGGAUGAAUUCACAAACGCCGUGGACCAUUUCCUUUUGCGUAUUGGACAGUUCGAUAAUCCCAUGGUUUCGAACACCGGAAACUACUCCCGCAGUGUGCUCCAGCGUUAUGACAACAAUACUCUCUACAUUAGCCAGCACGCUGCUGGUGCCGACAAGUACCGUUACUCGACCAAUUGGGGAACCACGUUCUCUAAAUGGAUCGACUACAAGGGUGGUAACGCCACUAUCGAAAGGGGCCCUUGGUCAGGAACCAAGAAGCAAGACUGGAAGGGCGACCACAUCCGCAUUGAGUACUGGAGCAAAUUGACCGGUAGCAGCGAUUACGUGCAAGAAGGUGACCGUAACUGGGAGAGUGACGGGCAGCGUCGUUUCCCACACGCCUUCUUCAACGGACCUUACAACCAGUACGGUUACGAUGGAGGUCUUGACAACUCAAUCAAAUUUGACGCGAAGACUUCAACGUGGUCUUUCCAUUUCACAUCUGAAUGGCCUGCCGUUGGACAGCUCAACAUCUGGGGUAUGAACCCCGAUGGAAAGCCCGAUCAAAGUUGGGUUCUGGGUGAUGCCGACAACGAUACCAUUCUCGAUCGCAUGCCCCCCUCGUCUCUCUCUGCUACUCUGAUCAACAUUACCCAGGCGCCUGCGAAGGGAUACCUGUCACACAAGAUCUACAUCAAUGAUGGCUCUCUCAAGUUCUGGCUCGACCCCGUUGGCCCCCAGUCCACUCAGAUCAUCAUGUUCAUCCUCUUCUGGAUCAUUCCCUUCCUCACUGCUUCGGCCUGCGUCUACAUCUUCAUGAAGUCGUUCUACAAGGUCAAGUUCAACCAGGUUGGUGUUAGUGAGAAGCAGUCCAUGAUUCCACUUGCCUUCUGGAAGAAGCUUAAGCCUUCUCGCGGCGGAAAGGAUGCCUCCUCAAACCCACUGAUGCGUCUUGCCAACAAGUCUGGCUUUAUGCAGAGCACCACCGCUCUGGGUGGUGCUAUGGCGGCUGAGAAGCGACGCAUGGUUCUCAUUGCUACCAUGGAGUACGAUAUUGAGGAUUGGGCCAUCAAGAUCAAGAUCGGUGGUCUCGGUGUCAUGGCGCAGCUUAUGGGUAAGACUCUUGGUCACCAGGAUCUGAUUUGGGUCGUUCCUUGUGUCGGAGGCAUCGAUUACCCCGUCGAUCAGCAAGCGGAGCCCAUGACUGUCACCAUUCUCGGCAGUGCCUACCAGGUCCAGGUUCAAUACCACGUCUUGAAUAACAUCACCUAUGUCUUGCUUGAUGCACCUGUCUUCCGUCAACAGUCCAAGACUGAACCCUACCCCGCUCGUAUGGAUGACCUCGACUCUGCCGUCUACUACUCCGCUUGGAACCAAUGUAUUGCGGAAGCCAUCAAGCGAUUCCCCAUUGACGCUUACCACAUCAACGAUUACCACGGUUCCCUUGCUCCGCUUUACCUGCUGCCCAACACUAUUCCGGCUUGUCUUUCUCUGCACAACGCUGAGUUCCAAGGUCUUUGGCCCAUGCGAACGCUCAAGGAAAAGCAGGAGGUCUGCUCCGUCUUCAACCUCGACGAAGAGGUCGCUCGCCGUUACGUUCAAUUCGGUGAAGUGUUCAACUUGCUCCACGCCGGAGCUAGUUAUCUUCGUGUUCACCAGCAAGGUUUCGGUGCCGUCGGUGUCUCCAAGAAAUACGGAAAGCGCUCCUACGCUCGUUACCCUAUUUUCUGGGGUCUUCGCAAGGUUGGUAACCUGCCUAACCCUGACCCAUCUGAUGUUGGUGAAUGGACCAAGGAGCCUACUCGGGAAGAGGACAUUACCGUCGAUCCUACCUACGAAGCUGGUCGUGGUGAGCUGAAGAGACAGGCACAGGAAUGGGCUGGAUUGGACCAAAACCCCGAUGCGGAUCUUCUCGUGUUCGUCGGUCGUUGGUCUAUGCAGAAGGGUGUUGAUUUGAUUGCCGACGCUUUGCCCGCGGUUAUUGAAGCUCGCCCCAAUGUGCAGCUCAUCUGUAUUGGACCCGUUAUCGAUCUUUACGGUAAAUUCGCUGCUCUCAAGCUCGACCACAUGAUGAAGGUCUACCCUGGCCGCGUCUUCUCCAAGCCCGAGUUCACUGCUCUCCCUCCCUUCAUUUUCUCUGGUGCUGAGUUCGCCCUGAUUCCCUCUCGUGAUGAACCCUUCGGUCUUGUUGCCGUCGAGUUCGGUCGUAAGGGUGCUCUGGGUAUUGGUGCUCGUGUUGGUGGUCUCGGUCAAAUGCCCGGUUGGUGGUACAACGUGGAAUCUAUCUCGACAUCCCAUCUUCUCAUCCAGUUCAAGCUUGCCAUCGAGGCUGCGCUCAACUCCAAGGAGUCUACUCGUGCGAUGAUGCGUGCUAGAUCCGCCAAGCAGCGUUUCCCUGUUGCCCAAUGGGUUGAGGAUCUUGAGAUUCUUCAAUCUACCGCCAUCACUAUCCACAUCAAGGAGGCCAACAAGUCUCACGGCAGUCACCUCGGUGGCCUGGGUGGUAACACUCGCCCCGGUACCUCUUCUGGAGGUAGCACUUACAGUGGUGUCAUGGGUGGCUUGCCUUCUCCUGGAAUGAACUCACCCUUCAUGCACUCCAGAGAGAGCAGCUACUCCUUCAACCAGAUGAACGAGAACCCCACGCAGCGCAAGAUCAGUUACAGCACUGAUCCUGCCCAGGAUGAAACAGAGAAGCCCAAGUCAGGACUGAGCAGGUCUCUCUCCUUGGGUGUUCGCUCAGGACCUGGCCACGCUGGUCGUCGCAGGCCAGCUGCCGCCGCUGCCGGAAUCCCCGAAACCGAUGCCGAUGGCGAGGAAAGCAGUGAUGAUGAUCCUUCUCACGAUCUGUUCGAGGAUGAUGAGUACACUCUCACCCCAGCCCAGGUUGAGGAAGGAAGACGGGCCCAGGCCGCUCAAAAGGACCGUGCCCAGGGUCUUGCUUCCCCAGGUCUCUCUUCCCCCGCAAGCCCCAGCCAAGAGUCUAUCCAGCCCAGAUUCAUGAUUCCUCCCUCCAGUCCUGGAUAUGGAAGUCCCCUUGGAAGCCCCGGGAUGCCGCCUUCUUCAGACAACCUUCUCCUUCCUCCUCGUCCUCUUGGUGAAUCUAACCGUCUCAGUACUGCCUCCGUUCUCUCCCUUGACUCUGUCGUCGGAAACAAGACGGACUUCAAGUUGCAGAAGGUCGAUCCCUUCUUCACUGAUAGCACUGGCGAGUACUACAAGACUUUCGACAAGAAGUUGGACAUCCUUAACGGCAGCAAUUCCGAGUCACAACUGUGUAUCGAGGAGUUCCUGAUCAAGAGUGAACAGCAGUGGUUCGACAGAUUCCGCAAUGCCAAAUUGGGCCGUACCAAGUCCCCCACCCCAUCCAUCCGACUCCCCUCAAGAAACCACAACCACGACUCGCCUCCUCACUCUGUUUACAAUGAUGAUGCUGUCUCGCACAUUGCCAGCAGCGAAGACCACCCCACAGAUGACGAGUUCCUUCUCGGUAAGGAUUAUAUUGCUCCUACUGGUCUCAGGAAAUGGAUGCAGAUCAAGAUCGGUGACUGGCCGGUCUACUCCAUCUUCCUCGCUUUGGGUCAAAUUAUCGCCGCCAACUCGUACCAGAUUACUCUGCUUACGGGUGAAGUUGGUCAGACUGCCGAGAAGCUGUACGCUAUUGCAACCACCUACGCGAUCACUUCGCUCUGCUGGUGGCUCGUGUACCGCUACUUCAAGUCUGUUGUCUGUCUAUCCGCUCCCUGGUUCCUGUACGCCAUUGCGUUCAUCUUCAUUGGCUCUGCUCACUUCGAAUCUGGUGAGUACGCCCGUGGCUGGAUCCAGAAUGUCGGCAGUGGCUUCUACGCAGCUGCCUCGUCUAGUGGAUCUAUCUUCUUCGCCUCCAACUUUGGUGACGAGGGUGGUGCUCCCGUCGAAGUGUGGAUCUUCCGUGCUUGUGUUAUCCAAGGUAUCCAGCAGGCAUAUGUUAUUGCACUCUGGUACUGGGGUUCGACUCUCACCAAGGCUUCUUCCGAGGGUCUUUUGAGCCCGGAAACCCAGAUCUCCAACACAUGGAAGAUGUCCGCGAUCUGUUACCCCAUCGCGGUCUUCCUUAUCAUUGUCGGACUUCUCUUGGCCUUCGGACUUCCCAACUACUACCGCCAGAAGCCCGGUAAGGUUCCCUCCUUCUACAAGUCGCUGUUCCGGAGAAAGAUUGUUACCUGGAACUUCAUCGCAGUCAUCCUGCAGAACUUCUUCCUCAGUGCACCCUACGGCCGAAACUGGAGUUUCCUCUGGGGCUCCAGUCACACCAAGCCAUGGCAGAUUGUUCUCCUGUGCAUUCUGUUCUUCGGUUUCGUAUGGUGCAUCUUCCUGUUCUGCGUCAGCAAGUUCUCCAAGCGACACAGUUGGUUCAUCCCCGUCUUCGCCUGUGGUCUGGGGGCUCCUCGCUUCAUUCAAAUCUGGUGGGGUGUCUCCGGAAUCGGCUACUACCUCCCUUGGGCAGGAGGAUACACCUCAGCAGCCCUGGUCUCCCGCAGUCUCUGGCUGUGGCUGGGCGUCCUGGAUUCAAUCCAGGGUCUCGGCUUUGGUAUCAUUCUUCUGCAGACUCUCACGCGAGUUCACAUGUGUUUCGCACUCAUUGCAUCCCAGGUGCUUGGUUCCAUCGCGACCAUCUGCGCCCGAGCUUUCGGCCCCAAUGCCACAGGCCCCGGUCCCAUUUCCCCUGAUAUGACUCUCGGCGCCCACGCCCUGGCUAACGCCUGGUUCUGGGUCGCUUUGUUCUGUCAGCUCCUGGUCUGUGCUGGCUUCCUGCUCUUCUUCCGUAAGGAGCAGCUUGCCAAGCCUUAA